AUGCCCGCCUUUGAAGGACUCAGCCCGCUGUCAUCUUCCACUUCAGCAUGCGUAGUUCCCACGAUCGAAGAACAUGAAACGAUUUACCAAUACGAGCCGAUUGUCGCAAACGAAGAACUGCGUAUCCUUCUCUUAGAACCAGGCGUGUUUGGAGAACCACUAGUUGGCAGUCUCUUGGUGCGAAAGAUAGGAGAGAAAACGCUGCAUGAUAGAGAUUGGGAUUGGGUUCCGAAAGGUGACGGCAAUGAAUGGGACUUCGUAUCGUAUUGCUGGGGAUCACAGAAAGAUCACACAUACUUCAGCUGCGACGGUCAUUUCCUCCGCAUCACCACCACGGUAGAAGACAUGUUGAGGCAUCUACGAGAGCCGUUCAUGCUACGAUAUCUUUGGAUAGAUGCCAUAUGUAUCAAUCAAGCCGAUAACGAAGAAAAGAGCCUACAAGUGCUCUCAAUGGGAAAGACAUACACAAUUGCCAGCAAUGUGGUAGUUUGGGUCGGCCCAGCAACAGAUCAAGAUCGAACGGACAGUUUUACAUCAACUCAAAGAUCGCAUGCAUCCAAUAUGGAAGAUCAGAACGCAUAUGAAUACUCUCCGAUAGAUGCAAAGGCUCAGAUUCGCGUCCUGCGCCUUGAGCCCGGUACGUUUGCAGAGCCUUUGAUCGGCAGCCUUUUGGUACGAAAGAUUGGAGACAACGAAGACGAUUGGCCAGAAUACGAUGGCGUGUCAUAUUGCUGGGGGCCACAGGACAACCUCACGUCCUUUACCUGCGAUGGAAAAGCUCUUCGUAUCACGGCCGUUGUAGACGACAUGCUGCGCCACCUGCGAGAGUCUAAUGAACAACGUCAUUUGUGGAUAGAUGCGCUUUGCAUUAAUCAAGCUGACACACUUGAGAAGAGCCAGCAGGUGCGGUCGAUGGCCAGGAUUUAUGCCUUCGCAAGCAAAUCGUAUGAUCGAGAGAUAUACUAUGCUGGCAUCAAAGUGCCCAAGGACAUCAACGUGCCUGAGUUGCUCUCGGAGAUCAGUGGAUUACUAGAAGGCUACGACGCGUUCACCUAUGAACACGACAGGUCCUUCAAGUUUGGUAUUGCUUUCGGACAAGCGGAGCCUGGCGAUUUCGUGUUCCGCACACCGGGUGCAGUUCGUGGACAAGAUGCACGAGACUCCAAAAUUUUACCUUCAGCUUUCGGGCUGAUUAUACGACCGUAUAAAUCCGAGAGUGACGCAAGUCCUACUACCUUCCGUCUUGUGGGCAUGUGUAUUGAUUGGCACCCCGAUGUGAAGGAUCCGGAUCGCCGACCAAUGCAGCACAUUGACCGCCGCGAUCUCUACACAAGCCUAGAAGCAAGAAUACAAUACCUACAUUCAUUUCUCGACUUCAGCUCACGCGACAUCGAAGCCCUAACAACAGGCGCCAAAUACAUCAAAGCGCUCAUUCCCGCCGUUGUCAACAUCGUCUAUAAAAAGCUGCUGCAGUACGACAUUACCGCACGAGCCUUCGAAACCAGAUCGACGUCGUACGAAGGGCCGGUGGACCCUAAUCUGAGCGAGAACUCACCCCAGAUCCUGUACCGCAAAAUGUUUCUGCGGGGCUACCUCACAAAGUUAUGCAGCGACCCGUCUAAAAUGGAGUUCUGGGAAUAUCUCGACAAAGUCGGUAUGAUGCACGUGGGUCAGGGACGAGCGCAUCCUUUGCAUGUGGAAUAUGUGCAUAUUGGUGUUACGCUCUCAUUCGUCCAAGACAUCAUCACCGAAGCAGUACUUUCACAUCCCAGACUCAAGAUGGAUAAGAAAAUCGCAUUAGUAAAAGCACUGUCAAAGGUCAUUUGGAUUCAAAACGAUCUCUUUGCAAAAUGGUAUGUUCGCGACGGCGAUGAGUUUGCAGACGAGCGAUUAGUGCCUGAGGUUGAGCCGGAGGGUUUCUUGCAUGGGAAGAGGGUUCUGCGUGACGGCAGCGAGAGCGAGAGUGAGAUUGAAGAUGCAGCGCUUGCGGCGGGUACUUGUCCUUUCAAAAAUCUGGCAAUGACACCGGGUCGAGAAGGCGACGUCGCGCUGAGGAGCGCGAUAAAGCGGAUGAGUCGAGGGGAAGUAGAAGUCAGCGAUGGCAAUGUGGUGGGCGCCGUAGAUGAGCUGGCAUCAACACCACCACCAGGUGUGGGCGCUUUCGCUCACAGUGCGAUACCACGGGCUGUGGGUAGCAGCGCGUGA